UUUCUACACAUUGAUCCUUGAUUAUGUUUUCCAGACAUUCAUUGAAUUAAAAUAUUACAAAAAUACAUUUGUUAAGACAUCCAAAUAAAAACCCUUUAGGAGUCAUUCUCCCUUUUGUUCUCUCACACAAAAUCCAGCCAGCUUGAAUCUUCCGGCCUAAAGAAACGGGGGUCAGAUCAUUACUUUUGCACAGGCUUGAAAUUCCCCGUUAGAAACUAGCUUUCUCUUGAUUGUGGUGGUUGAAAUAAGGAACAAUGGGUAUCAUAGAGAGGAUUAAAGAAAUUGAAGCUGAGAUGGCACGGACCCAAAAGAAUAAAGCCACAGAAUAUCAUUUGGGUCAGCUGAAAGCCAAGAUAGCAAAGCUAAGGACACAGUUGUUGGAGCCUCCAAAAGGUUCUAGUGGAGCUGGAGAGGGUUUUGAAGUCACAAAAUUUGGCCAUGGACGUGUUGCACUAAUAGGAUUUCCAAGUGUGGGAAAGUCAACCCUGUUGACAAUGCUGACAGGAACACAUUCUGAGGCUGCGUCGUAUGAGUUCACUACUCUUACUUGCAUCCCAGGUAUUAUACACUACAAUGAUACUAAAAUCCAAUUGCUCGAUCUUCCUGGGAUCAUUGAAGGCGCAUCUGAAGGGAAGGGACGUGGUAGACAGGUCAUUGCUGUAUCAAAAUCAUCUGAUCUAGUGUUGAUGGUUCUGGAUGCAUCAAAAAGUGAAGGGCAUCGACAAAUCUUAACAAAGGAGUUGGAAGCUGUGGGUCUGCGUUUAAAUAAGAGACCACCUCAGAUAUACUUCAAAAAGAAAAAAACAGGCGGGAUCUCAUUCAACAGCACACUAACUUUAACUCAUGUGGAUGAGAAGCUCUGCUAUCAAAUUCUACAUGAAUACAAGAUUCACAAUGCUGAGCUCUUAUUUCGUGAAGAUGCCACAGUGGAUGACCUUAUUGAUGUUAUUGAGGGGAACCGUAAAUACAUGAAGUGUGUUUACGUCUACAAUAAGAUUGAUGUUGUCGGUAUUGAUGACGUGGACAGAUUGUCCCGCCAGCCGAAUUCUAUCGUCAUUAGCUGCAACUUGAAGCUAAACUUGGACAGACUACUUGCAAGAAUGUGGGAAGAGAUGGGUCUUGUAAGAGUUUAUACUAAACCUCAAGGCCAGCAACCCGAUUUCACCGAUCCUGUAGUUCUUUCAAGUGAUAGAGGUGGCUGCACAGUUGAAGACUUUUGUAACCAUAUACAUCGGAGUCUUGUGAAGGAUGUGAAGUAUGUGUUGGUAUGGGGAAUCAGCGCAAGACACUACCCUCAGCACUGUGGCCUAAGUCAUGUUCUUCAGGACGAGGAUGUCGUACAGAUUGUUAAGAAGAAGGAGAGAGAAGGAGAAGGUAGAGGUCGUUUCAAAUCUCAUUCAACUGCUCCUGCCCGUAUAUCUGACCGAGAAAAGAAGGCACCGUUAAAGACAUAAUAAGUUAAUAACCCUUAUAAAGUAGAAAAAAUGUCUCCUUCACAACAUUAUUUUGUGUUGUCGUUUUUUCUCCAUAAAUCUGGCUGGUGAAGACUAACAAUUACUUGACGUUUGCAAAAGUCAUUGCGUAUUUGGUUUUGGCCCAAAAAAUCGGCGUUCGUGGUUUGGAACUGACAGUGUUCACACCUGUUAGCUGUUACAGUGUUACGUGAUUGAGUAAGGCUUAGGAAGAACUUGGUUGAAGCUAGCGGUUCGGUACUCAUUUGAAUUAACUAAUUAAGGUUGGACGGGAGAUUAUCACAAGUUGCCCACAGGGUUGGUUGGUGCUGAUGUGUUAAAGUUUAUAAAAGUGCACAAAACAAAUCAUACUAAAUACGGAGUAGAUUAUUGUGGAAUGUGGACUAUUAUGUUUGGAUUUUGUUUCAAUUACGAGUGAACCCUGUGUUAGAACCUCUGUAUUUUGUUUGUUUUGGACUCUAAUUACAUACGGGUAGAGGUGAACAUGGUUCUGGUUUUGGAACUGGAAAUGAGCAACUGGAAGUCUGGAAUCAGGAGUUGGAAGCCGGAAGGGAUGGUAUUGCUAGUGCUUUGGCCAAUCAAUUCCUGUUACCGUUGAGAGCUUGAGGCCGUUUCUUUUCUGGUCAGUUGGCUUAGCAGGAUGACACAAGGGACCGACAAGAAAAUAAAGGAUAAAAGAUAGAAACAAAAAAAACACAUUGAAACAAAUAACAAUAUGACACGUGUCAGAGUGACCUGCUUAUUAGGUUGAUGCAGGUCACCGGGUUGUUUUGAGAAGAUACCCAUGAUAGUUUAGAUUAUAAUGGAAUUAUCAAUAUUUGGGAUUAAUAUUGGAAGACCGCUAAUAGUUCGGAUUAUUUACAUGAAUUCUCCCUAAAAAUAUACACUUGCAUAGAUGAGUUUAAUGUUUCCUCUAUCCUCCAUAAUCCAUAUCUUUGUCAUUGUUCCGUUUUUGAUUGUCUAAAAGUAUGUAUAUUUUUUAUUUUAAUCAAGCAAAUUGUGGUU